UUGCUUAGUCUUGACGUUUAUGGAGGGAAUGGAGGAUGAGGGACCCUCGUCUCAGGGUGAACUUCCACUUAUCGAAGAUGUGCAGCUGUCGCCGGAGGAGCGGCUGUGUGUGGAGAGCUCCGACCCGCUAGAAAACGUGUGCGUGAACAAGGAGGCGGUGCACAAGCUGACAGAGGGCUUGCUCUCCCACUACCUGCCCGGCCUGCAGAACUCGAAACGGACUCUGCAAGAGCUCACACAAAAUCAGCUCAUAUUGUUGGACACACUGGAUCAGGAAGUUAGCAAGUUCCGAGAAUGCAACGCCUUACUUGACCUGAAUUCACUGUUUACAGAGGCCAAGGCUUACCACGGCAAACUAGUCAAUAUCAGGAAAGAGAUGAUUUUGCUCCAUGAAAGGACAACAAAACUAAAGAAAAGAGCUUUAAAGCUGCAGCAGCACAAGCAGAAAGAAGCGCUCGAGAGGGAGCACCAGCGCGAGAAGGAGCAGGAGAGAGAGAGGCAGCUGAUCGCCAAACCUGCUAAAAGAACAUAAACUCUGUACUGGAUCGGCAUGUUUUUGCCUAUUUUCUGCAAAGCAACAGUAAGGUACACGACUGUCUCGUAAUUUGAGACCUUUAUAAUAUUUAAGGUAAUGCCGUAAAAGGCCAAAGUGAAGGGGUAUCAAGCAAUGGUUAUGACGGGAUUACAUACAGGAAUAUACUGGUUGCUGGUGUACGCCAUUGGAUCAACCGCUCCAAAAUUCUGACACCCUCAAAUUAGUGAAUAUUUAAUCACGUCUGCAGCCUUCUACACAGCCUUUGUUGUAUUGUAAGCCGUGUCCAAAUCUACUAUCCGGUAUUGUUUCCAAAUGAAGGAAUCAAGAAAUCGUUUUGAAUGCGACUCGAGAUUAAAUCAAAUCAUGACUGGAUUCAAACGCUAAAGAAGAAGCUGCUUCAGAAUUCUGCCUUGACACAGGUCAAAGUGCACAUUUUUAAUCUCACUGUAAGAGAGCCAUGUUUUUAUUAUUGUGACUGUCGUUUUCAUUGUACAGUGGUUCCUUGAGAUACGAGUGACUUUUUUUUUUUUUAAAUAAUAAUCGACUGUGGCAGGACAGUGCAUCAGCUGGUAAAGUGUUGGCCUCACAGUUCUGAGGACCUGGGUUUGAUCCCGGCCCCACCUGUGUGGAGUUUGCAUGUUCUCCCCGUGCCUACGUGGGUUUUCUCCAGGCACUCCGGUUCCCCCCCCCCACAUUCCAAAAACAUGCAACAUUAAUUGGACACUCUAAAUUGCUCCGUCGGUGUGCGGCUGUUUGUCUCGAUGUGCCCGGAGAUUGGCUGGCAACCAAUUCAGAGUGUACCCUGCCUCCUGCCCGUUGACAGCUUGUAUAGGCUCCGGCACUCCCCGCGGCCCUCGUGAGGAUAAGCGGCAAAGAAAAUGGAUGGAUGAUCGACUGUCAUUCGGGAGAUUUCUUUUCUGCUUUUGAUUUAUUACCAAAAUAUUGCGGAAAAUCUUGGUAGUGAACUCCAUAAAAGGCAGCAAACAAAAGGUGGAGCAACAAAUGUUGACAGAUAUUAUGGCAAUACUCAUUGGCAUAUAUUCUUUUUUCUGCAAGAACUACAAUUUACUACUGCUUCUUACUGAGCUUAGUUGCAAUUAUCUCCAUGUUUAUCUUUGUCGCUUUUAUAAUGCCCCCAGGUGGCCAAGUUGCACAUUCCAGAGGGAGCUGUGCAGUCACACUGAAUAUGAUGCACACAAUGAUCAAUUCCUGGCCGUCUAUUCAUAAAGUACAAUUUUAGUGUGCUACUUGAUUUUUUAAAAAAAAAAUACACAAUUCUUCUGUUGCUUUUCUGUUCAUUUUAAUGGGGAAAAGGUGUUUUGAGCUAAGAAUUAAACUCGUAUCUCAAAGCUCCAGCGUGCAUAAGCAACAAAUAUAAUAGUGGAAAUCUGAAUUUUGAGAUUUGUCCUCAUACACAAGUAAUUAAGUCUUCUUUUUUUUCCCAACAGUUUUUUGAUAACAGUAGUGGGUGUAAAGUCAACCAAAAAUGCACUUUAAAAAACGCAUAAUGUAAAAGUUAUAAAAUGUUUGGGACACAGCCGUGCACGGUCUAACAACAACUUUUUAUAACUUUUAUAUUUUCUAGACUCCAGCACUCACACAACCUUUGUGAGGAUAAGCGGCUUGGACGAUGGAUGGAUAUUUUACAUACUCCACACAGUUUUCCAAUAAAUAAGCUAACAGAUGCUUUAAUUUUUUUUCUUAGUGAGCAAACAUGGCCAUUAAUUUCAUUUUCAUGAUACUUUUUUUUUUUUUUUCCCCCACUAUACCUCUAAUGUGCAACACUUGGGAAAUUUCAUUAAAACAAUCAAUAUUGCACUUCUAAUCACUGCUACUUUCAACUGUGAAAUCCAGAUGACAUGCAAGCACUAUCCUCGGUCUGUUUUUGUUGUUGUUUAGAACGUCUUUUAAAUGAAUUGUUACUGGCCAGUGGCCAUAGAGCGCCUCAAGUUUUUGUUAUUAAACAUUUUUUUUAAGCAGGA